AGUACAAACCGAGUUUGUGUAAAGCUCUCUAUACUCUCGUCCGGCAUAAGUUACCUAUUCUUCGGACACUAGUAGAAGGUUGAACAUCAAUCGUAUUAAGUAAUGCCUCUUCUUGAGCAAGUUGAUGGACAUUGCUAAAAACAGUUGCUAACCGCAAAGCCUGCCGCUACCACUGCGCCGCCACAAUGUCGAAAACGCUGCUCAACAUCGACCAAUCGGAGAUACGGAACCAAAUUCAAAAAGAAUUCGGCAAGACGGAAAAGGACGCGAAAGAAUGUAUCGAAAUCAUACAGAAAUGGGCCGAGACGCAACCCCAUUGGCCCCAAGUGCCUAGCAAAAAACUGAUCAGGACGUUUUUGUUCAUAAACAAGUUCAGUAUGGAGAAAACCAAGCAAAGACUGGAUAUGUACUACACCAUGCGGGGGUUGAUGCCAGAGUUUUUCAACAAGCACCCUUUGUCGUCGGAAAUGAUCCAGCAAAGCAAAGUCAGUUAUUUCGUGCCUCUCCCGAAGCCCGCCCAGAACCACAGAAGGGUGAUCUACUCUAAAAUCACCAACGAUUACGGGCCGGAUAAGUUCAACUACGAAAACUAUAUGAGCUUCGCUCAGAACGUUUUGGAAUUGCUACUCUACGAAGACGAAUUGCUGGGCAUCCAUUUCGUGUUCGAUUGCGAGUACCUCAAAGUCGGACACAUCCCGAAAUUCAACCCGCUGGUGCUGAAAAAGGCGUCGAUUAUAAUAGAGAAAGUGUACUCGAACAGGGUUGCGUCAGUGCAUUUGGUCAACUUUCAUCCCUUUUUGGAGAGUUUGCUAGGCAUUUUUAAACGUGCAAUCUCACCGAAAAUUGCCUCGAGGAUGUACGUGCACUCCAGCAGUGACACUUUGUUCGAUCAUCUUCCGAGAGACAUCAUGCCCGAAGACGUAGGGGGUGAGGAAAUGUCCUUGCGCGUGUUAAACGACAUGUGGUUGAAAAAAUUUUCGAACUACGAGAAACAUUUCGAAGACGUAAUCACGUUGAGGACCAAUGAAAGCUUGCGGCCCGCCAAGCUGGUGAAUGACGAGAUUCUGGGCUAUUACGGAAAUUUCAAAGCAUUGGACGUCGACUACCGUUCUGGUACGGAGCGUCGCGAAUCGGAUUUUUCUCGAAAAUACCUCAUUUUUAUAAACGAAAUCGCGAUACACUCGAAGUACGGUGACAGAGUGAUGGCCGCCGAAAAUUUAUUACACACGGAUCGCGAGGCCGUACGAAAAUUAGUGCUCGAGACGCUGGGAAAAACAGAGGCAGAUGUUCUUCGCGCCCUCGAUCAGCUGAGGAAAUGGAAUUCAGAGUUUUGCGAGGACUACGUUUUAGGAGACAACGCCUUGGAGUUGUUCCUGAUCAUAAACAAAUUUAAUUGGGAAAAGUGCGUACAGAAAAUCGAAACCUACUACAAAAUAAGUUCCAUAGUUCCGGAACUGUACGUAAACAAAAAUCCCAGGCUAUGGCACAUGAAAGAGAUUGCGGAUGUGGUUUAUUGCAUCCCACUGCCGAAGCUGACUCCCACCUUGAGCCGGGUAAUCGUAUUCAGACUGAGGGAGUUGGAUUCCGACAAGUUUCACCCCUACGAUUUCUUCGCCCACACUUACAACGUAGCCGAAAUCAGACUGAGGGAAGAUAUGGUCUUAACCGACACCCUGUUCUACGAUUUCGAGGGGAUGAAGCUGUCUCAUUUUUUGAAACUCACGCCGAUUCACCUGAAGAAAUCUUCGACCGUUUUCGAGAGAGUGUUUUCCAGUCGCGUGGAAGGUAUCCACUACUUAAACAUGCCAAGUUCGAUGGACAAACUCGUGAGGCUCGUCAAACUCAUGCUGAAAGAGAAAAUCCGGAAAAGGGUUCACGUGCACAAAAACCUCGAAAGCCUCUACAAACAUCUACCGAGGGAUGUGCUGCCGUCGGAUUACGGCGGCCACUGUCAACCCUUGUCAGAACUUCACGAACUAUGGAAACGGAAGUUGGAGGACUGCCAGGGAAUAUUCGACGAUUUAGAAAAAGUAAGAUCUCUCGAUACGUCGUCGCCACUCAAAGAUCCUGCACCUUCAGAGCCGGAUGGUUUUAGAAAUUUGUGCCUGGACUAAUAUCAAUUUUGUUAUAAUAAAGACAUAUUUAAUUACGCGUUUCUUUUAUUUACAAAAU